AUGAUGGUUGACGGUUCUGCUAUCACGCCGGGAGAUGGCACGAAGUGGACUAUCCUAUUACUUGCCUACUGGCACGAGCUUCUCUCUGGCCUAUUAAUCAUUUACGUUAUCUCACUUUUGUGGAAGGCGUUCGAUCUUCUUUAUCUUCAUCCACUCGCCUCCGUCCCGGGCCCAAGACUUGCUGCUAUCACAUCCCUAUAUGGAUUUUAUUACAAUUACAUCCGAGAUGGCACAUACAGUAAACAAUUUGCUGAAUUACAUAAAAAAUACGACUCUCCUGUAAUACGCGUUGCGCCAAACCGAGUGCAUGUGAACGAUGUGGAGUUUUAUGAGACUGUAUUUCGCGCAGGGGCACCUUUUUACAAAGAGCCCGAAUUCUACAAGUCACUGGGGGCUGAUGGAGCAUUGGCCUCUUUGACCGAUCCAGCAGUGCACCGAAAGCACCGUAGCUAUCUGAGCUCGCUAUUUUCCGCACAAACAACGCUAGAUCUGAAGCCUCGCCUUCUGGAGACACUUAAGAAGGCAGCCGGCCACCUUCAGACAGCAGCGGCCAACGACAAAUCAGUCGAUAUACAAAAGAUUUACAGCGAGCUUAUUGGCGAUGUCGUAUGUGAUCUGAUGUUUGCUCAUAGCUACAAUUUCAUCGACUCCGGCGAUGAUGGUCACCCUCUGCUAAAUGAGGUCGAUAAUCUGGGGUCUAUUACCUGGCUCAUGAUGGAGUUUCCGGCUAUCAAAACAGUCAUGAAAGCUCUCCCAUCGUCCGUCGGUAACAAAUUAAGUCCGGAAAUUAUCAGGUUCAGACAGUUCUGUGACGAUCGGUUGGCAGAGGCACAGCACAGAAAGUUAUCUGGCAAUGUCCCAGCUAGAAAGUCAUAUUUCGAUUUGUACUUGGAAAUUGACAGUCGCAAAAACUCGCUACCGAACGUGGCGGAGGUGUUUGAUGGUGCUUUCAACUUCAUGACCGCGGGCAUUCACACAACUGCUUACACUCUAUCCUGGGCCACUUUUAACAUCCUAAAUUCGCCAUCCGUAUUGGCUAAGGUUCAAUCAGAGCUGGAUGGAGCCAAGGCGGCAAUUCGCGAUGUCUUCGAUCCAAAAGCGAUUCAAAAUCUCCCUUAUCUUGGAGGUGUCAUUCGAGAAACAAUGAGACUGGCAGACCCAGUUCCUGGCUAUCUACCUCGUGUAGUCCCGAAGGAGGGCAUCCAAGUUGGAUUAUUCUUUCUACCCGGAGGUACCAGCGUGUCUACUUCCCACCCUGUCAUCCAUAUGGAUCCAACGAUCUUUCCCGAGCCAAAUAAGUUCGACCCCGAGCGCUGGAUACGUGGUGGGGAGGAACUAGAAAGAUAUAGCGUUCCUUUCGGGAAGGGCUCGCGUCGCUGUAUUGGAAUGAGUGUCGCUUACAUGGAGCUAUACGCUGUUCUGGCCUAUAUCUUUAGUCAUUUCGCCCUUGAACUGGUGGAUGAUGACCAGUCACGGAAUGGGAUACAAUGGGCUGACCGGAUUGUUGCCCGUGCUACGUCUGAUUUGAAGAUCAAAGUGCGCAAGGACCUUUGGGCGUAG